GGUUUGACUGCCCAAAACCGACUUUUUCCCCUUGUCUGUCUCCUCUCCUCGCCUCUUCCUCUCGCUUUUAAGUUUUUUUAGUCCAAAAGCUCUUUUUUCUGCGACAUUAAAGACACCUCCUUCUUCCUCUUCUUCUCUCUGUCCGACCGUUCCUUUUCUGCUUCCAACUCUCGCCGCCAUUAGCAAAUCCUAACCUUUUCUUUUUGGUUUUCUUUUUUCUUUUUUGUUGUCCGUCUUUGAGAUAAAUAACCACAGAUGUAUAUACAUAUGGAAGCUAACAAAUCAAGAAAAUAUCUUUCAGUUUAUAUGAUAUGGUAAUAAAUAAUAUAUAAUUGCCAAAAAUAAAAAAACAAUCCUUGAAAUUACACAUGCGUACCUCUUAAUCGACUCUCGACCAUCUUUCUGUUACUACUCUAUUUAAUGCCUCUUCUUCACUACUACACUGCGCUUUUGCUUAUUAUGUUAUCUUCUAUUGAUAAUCUUUCGUUUUUCUAAUCUUUCUUUCUUUAAUCAGUGAAUCACUCGUUAAAAAUCGAAUCUUGAGGCUUAUUUUUGCCGUUUGAUUUUAUUUUCUUGAAGUUGAUUAAAAGUAGCAACUCGGGUGUUCAUUUCUUUAGUUGUUUUUUCUUUUUUAAAAAAUCUUUUACGUACCAUUUUAUAAUACAACUAUGGCGGAUAAAGACCCGGACUUUCUGUCACAGAAACUUCCCUCCGCCUCUCAGGUUCUUGAAGAGCUAAAAGAGCUAUGGGGGAUGGCUUUACCAAUAACAGCAGCACAUUUAAUGGCUUUUUUCAGAUCAGUGGUCUCAGUUAUGUUUUUAGGCAGACUAGGCAGUCUGGAGCUAGCCGGUGGUGCACUGUCUAUUGGUUUUACCAAUAUUACAGGUUACUCUGUUCUUGUGGGCUUAGCCUCUGGACUCGAGCCAGUUUGUAGUCAAGCUUUUGGAAGUAAGAACUGGGACCUCAUGUCACUCUCUCUACAACGUAUGAUCUUAAUACUCUUCAUAGCAAUCAUACCCAUAAGUUUUUUAUGGGUUAAUCUUGAAUCAAUCAUGAACUUGAUGGGCCAAGAUCCAAAUAUAACAGCAAUGGCUGCAACUUACUGUAUCUAUUCUCUUCCGGACCUUUUAACAAACACUUUGUUACAACCAUUAAGGGUUUUUUUAAGAUCACAGCAGGUAACAAAACCUAUAAUGUAUUGCUCUCUAUUAGCUGUUAUAUUCCACGUGCCAUUAAAUUACAUGCUUGUGGUGGUGAUGGGGUUAGGAGUGCCUGGGGUGGCAAUGGCAUCAGUAGUGACUAACAUGAACAUGGUGGUGUUGAUGGUAGGGUAUGUGUGGUGGGUGAGUGGACGGUGGGAGAUGAGAUGGACGGGUGGAAUUGGAGGAGUAUGUGGUGGGGUGGGACAAUUGUUGAAGUUGGCGGUACCUAGUUGUUUAGGGAUUUGCUUGGAAUGGUGGUGGUAUGAGAUAGUGAUAGUGAUGGCUGGGUACUUGCCUAACCCCACUCUGGCUGUGGCCGCCUCUGGGAUACUCAUUCAGACCACUAGCAUGAUGUACACUGUGCCUAUGGCCCUUGCUGGCUGUGUCUCUGCUCGGGUAGGGAAUGAGCUUGGAGCUGGUAAGCCAUAUAAAGCCAAGCUAGCUGCUAUGGUUGCAUUAGGUUGUGCCUUUGUUAUUGGCAUCAUCAAUGUCACAUGGACUGUUUUCCUUAGAGAAAGAUGGGCUGGUUUGUUCACUAAAGAUAGACUUGUCAAAGGUUUAGUAGCAUCAGUUUUGCCUAUAAUAGGCCUUUGUGAGCUUGGUAAUUGCCCUCAAACAACUGGCUGUGGAAUUUUACGGGGCACAGCUCGGCCCGCUAUUGGGGCCCGCAUCAAUUUGGGGUCAUUUUACUUCGUGGGUACUCCGGUCGCAGUGGGCCUGGCAUUCGGACUUAAUGUCGGGUUCACAGGGUUGUGGAUCGGGCUUCUAUCUGCACAAGUUGCUUGUGCUGUGUCUGUUCUAUAUGUUUUGAUCCGUACGGAUUGGGAACAUGAGGCAUUGAAGUCUAGGAAGCUUACAAGCAUGGAAAUGCGUGGAAUGAAUAAUGUUGAAGGAGAUAAAGAAGAAGAAGAAGAAGAAGAAGAAGAAGAAGAAGCAGAGAGUGGAAGGCUGUUAGGUAAUGGAAAUGGUAAUGUUGCGUAAAAGCAUUAGCAUUUUGAGGAAGAAUUUGAUGCGUGAAGACUAGUGCAACACUUUUAUGAGAUUUCUUUAUCGUUUUAACUAGUGGGAAGCCUGACCCAUAAAAUAAGUGCUAGGGUUGUUCGAGAAUUUUUGUGUGGCCACUUUUUUUGUUUUGAUGGGACUUAUAUAUAUAUUGUUAGGGUUUUCACGAAGCUGUUUGAGGCCAGAAAGAAUGUCACUGCCCUUAUGAAAAAAGUGUUUUUACAUAUUUUAACAAGGAAUAGCCUACUUUUUGCUGCGCCUUGAAAGUUA